AACUGUGCUGGUAAGGAGGCAACUGCACAGGAGCUGCUAAGAUGGGCAUGAGGAUCAAACUGCAAAGCACCAACCACCCCAACAACCUGCUGAAGGAACUCAACAAGUGCCGGCUCUCGGAGACCAUGUGUGAUGUCACCAUUGUGGUGGGGAGCCGCUCUUUCCCGGCCCACAAGGCCGUGCUGGCCUGUGCGGCUGGCUACUUCCAGAACCUCUUCCUGAAUACUGGGCUUGAUGCCGCCAGGACCUAUGUGGUAGACUUCAUAACUCCCGCCAACUUUGAGAAGAUUCUCAGCUUUGUCUACACGUCAGAGCUCUUCACAGACCUUAUCAAUGUUGGGGUCAUCUACGAGGUAGCUGAGCGGCUGGGCAUGGAGGACCUGCUUCAGGCCUGUCAUUCCACCUUUCCUGACCUGGAGAGCACGGCUGUGACCAAACCCCUGAGCAGCACCAGUGACAGCCAGUAUAGUAGUCUGACUUGUCCUGCAGCAGAUCCCACCCAUCCCCUUGGAGAACUCCGGGGUGGUGGGGAACACCUGGGUCCUGACAGACACUAUGUGUUGUCCGCCGAUACUGGAGGAAGCUACAAAGAGGAGGAGAGGAAUGUUGCCAGUGAUCCGAAUCACCAUAGCCAGCCUCUGCCGCAGCCACCUCUGCCGCCAAAGACAGAAGACCACGACGCCCCCGCCCCGUUCACGUCUGUGCCUCUUAUGACCCAGCCAGGCCUAGGCACUGUCAAUGCGGGCAUCCAGACCAGUACCAGCUCUUGCCAGCCAUACAAAGUUCAGAGCAAUGGAGACUUCAAUAAAAACAGCUUCUUUACUCCUGACAAUGCAAUAGACAUUACCACUGGGACCAACUCCUGUCUGAGCAAUAGUGACCACUCCAAAGAGCCAGGCUUUGGGCAGAUGGAUGAGCUCCAGCUGGAGGAUCUGGGGGACGAUGAUCUGCAGUUUGAAGACCCCACUGAGGAGAUCGGGACAGCUGAGGAGGUGAUUGAGCUAAGUGAUGACAGUGAGGACGAGCUGACUUUUGGCGAAAAUGACAACCGGGAAAAUAAGGCCAUGCCCUGUCAGGUGUGUAAGAAAGUUCUAGAGCCCAACAUUCAGCUGAUCCGGCAGCAUGCUCGGGACCACGUGGAUCUGCUGACAGGCAACUGCAAAGUGUGUGAGACCCACUUCCAGGACCGAAACUCCCGGGUGACCCACGUCCUGUCCCACAUUGGCAUUUUCCUCUUCUCCUGCGACAUGUGUGAAACCAAGUUCUUUACCCAGUGGCAGCUAACCCUUCACCGAAGGGAUGGAAUAUUCGAGAACAACAUCAUUGUCCACCCCAAUGAGCCCUUGCCUGGGAAACUAGGUAUCUUUUCAGGGGCAGCCUCCCCAGAGUUGAAAUGUGCUGCCUGUGGGAAAGCAUUGGCCAAAGAUUUCCACGUGGUCCGGGGCCACAUCCUCGACCAUCUGAACUUGAAAGGCCAGGCGUGCAGCGUCUGCGACCAGCGCCACCUCAACCUGUGUAGCCUCAUGUGGCACACGCUCUCUCAUCUGGGCAUCUCAGUCUUCUCCUGCUCUGUCUGUGCCAGCAGCUUUGUGGACUGGCAUCUCCUGGAGAAGCACGUGGCUGUGCACCAAAGCCUGGAAGAUGCCCUCUUCCGCUGCCACCUGUGCAGCCAGAGCUUCAGGUCUGAGGCUGCCUACCGCUACCACGUCAGCCAGCACAAGUGUAACAGCAGCCUCGACUCGAGGCCUGGCUUGGGGCUGCAGCAUCCGGCCCUGCAGAAGCGGAAGCUGCCAGUGGAGGAGUUUCUGAGUGAGGAGCUGGCUCUGCAGGGCCAGCCCGGGAAUAGCAAGUACAGCUGCAAGGUCUGUGGCAAAAGGUUUGCCCACACAAGCGAGUUCAACUAUCACCGGCGGAUCCACACAGGGGAGAAACCCUACCAGUGUAAGGUAUGCCACAAAUUCUUCCGCGGCCGCUCCACUAUCAAGUGCCACCUCAAGACACACUCAGGGGCACUCAUGUACCGCUGCACGGUGUGUGGCCACUACAGCUCUACCCUUAACCUCAUGAGCAAACAUGUCGGGGUGCACAAAGGCAGCCUCCCGCCUGACUUCACCAUUGAGCAGACCUUCAUGUACAUCAUCCAUUCCAAAGAGGCCGAAAAGAACCCGGACACCUGACUGAGUCCCAGCAGAGCCAGUGGGAGCUCCCAGGCGGCAGCCAGGAUGGUGAUUUUUCUAGAGGCUGUUGGUCCCUCCCCAGCUGAAGCUACAGUUUUGCCUUGCUAGGAUUUCUCUUCUGUGUUGUGUUUGAAGAAGAAAGAAGAAAUAGCACAUAAGCUGUUACUGUUCCUGAGCAGCAAUGGCCCUAUCACGUUUACCUCCAUACCUGUUCUUGCCCACAAAGGGCUGUGUUUUUGAUUCUCUCAAGGCUGGUUUGGGGAUCUAGUCGAAGCAGAUCAACUAGAUCCCUUCCCCAGCCUCUCUAGUUUUAGUUUACGGAUAGGUUUUAUGCUGCUAAGAAUCCAACCAACAGCCUCACUGGAUAGAGGAGGCGAAGAGGUUUUCACUGUGGGUGUUACCGCCAGAUCUCUGAUGGGAUAACCAGCGAUGAGAAAGAUUUGGGGAUUGUGGUCUCUCCAAAAGGACUGGCCAGCAGGGCACUUCACCUCAGUGCCGGGUUCUAGUGCCAGCCCUCAUUCAGCAGGGAAAAGGUAUCAGGGAUGGAGGGGACCUGCUUGUUCCAGGGCUGACUGGACUGUGAAAAUCUUUGGGCAUCUCGAGCCAAACUAAGGACCAAGCUUCCUGUUCAGGAUAGAAAGCUUUGGAUCACUCCUUGCUGGCAGAAGGGGUGUCCUGUAGUGUCACCAGAUGGGAUCACCUGGAUGGACAGAAGAGGCUUCCCCUUUCUCAUUUCCAAAGAAACAAUAUUGUGGAGUGAAGGCCCAGGGCAUCAGGCCUUCCCUGAAAGACAGGGAGCCACUCUGAUACGGCCAUCUGUCCUUUCUGGCCUCCUCCAGUGACCUUGAGUUUCCUAGUGGAGUGGAGGGGAGGGCUCUGACAAAUAGCAGCCUUGCCUUAAUUGACAUCCAGUCUCCCACCCAGAAGGGUUUGGCCUGUAGUGUGGGUAUGAAGACCCUGUGAGGUGGUGGAGUGGUAGACUGAGAGCCCUUUAGGAUGAAAGGGCCUGAGUAACCCCAAAAGUGUAGCAGGGUAUGCAUUCUGACCAUCCCAGCUUCCAACUAUCCUAGGCUGGUAACCUAUUGUUUACUUUGUGCUAAGUGGGAGCUUUGGCAGCUCACCUUUGACCUGCUGGAAUCCAUCCUGGUCUGUCAUUGCUUAACCUCCAGGGGGUGCUGUUGGAUGGCAGCUGGUUUAGGCCUUCCUUCCCUAGAUGGCCCAGUCCACAUGGCUGUUUGGCUGCAUUCUUAUUUGGUCUUUGAAGGGAUCUCACCCAAAGAAGGCUGGAGAGGGAGAGGGCCUCAAUCUUGCAUACUUACAAGUGUCACCUCAGUAGCUCAUACUACCUCACCCUGCUCAGGUGAGCUCUGGGAGUCCCUAGCCUCAGCCCUGUCACUGCAGCACCCCGGGGCUCAGUUACAAGCAAGUGGUUUUGAUUAAUUCACAAAGCCUUUUGGGAUAUUUAUUUAUUUUUUUGUUUUUGUAUACAUAUCACCCAGCAUCUCUUUUGGAUAAGAAACUUUAGGAAAACGAGUUUCUCCCCAGCAAGUAGUCAUACUCCACGGGCCGAUCCUCACCACAGAUUUGAGGCACAGGGGAGGAUCUAUGGGGAGAAUGAGUCAAAUCUUUUAAGCAAGUAAGUUAUCUUUUCUCCACAUUAGCCUGUCGCAGAAUAAAUCUGGUAGCCCUUUAAGGC